AGGUUAAAGGGCAUGUCCGCCCCAAAGCCCGGAGGAAACGGCCGGGGCUUAAGGCUCUACACGUGUUUGGCUCUUCGCUGUAACUUAGUCCUGCUGAAGCACAGAGAUUUACUACGGAACCUGACAGUUUCUGCAGUGUCUAAGAGCUGUGGCGGAGCUUCAUGCAAUCCAGACACCUCGGGACCUGCCCGAGGUACGGGCAGCCGAAGUGAAAACCAGAGCGCUGAUGGACAUGUGCCCCUCCUCGCGUAAAGGGAGAAUCUGCCUUUUUGUGUCCAAGCUAGAAAUAUUUCGUGCUUUCUGUUUUUUCGAAACCUGAUGUCUUGGCUGUUUAUUUUGCACUGAGUAGCUUCGGAUUCUUCUGUUUGGCUUAACAUUUGGAAGGACCACCUCAUUCAAAUCCUGGAAUCGUUUGCCGCUCAUGAAAUCCCCUGGUUCCUUCCAGUCACCCCCUCGUCACUUUGUCUGGAUCAGCCUUGAAGAGAUGGGCAUUAGUGACUUUGGAUGGAAGGAUAUCUUUUUGCUGGGUGGUCGGGGUUUGCUGUUUCUUGCUAUCCUGACUUUAAUUAUCUUGGUGACUACUCCGUGGCUUACACCUCAAGCGCCGCCCGAAGUGUAUUUGACAGUAACCGAAGAUGAGAACAAAAGAAGGCAAAAACGUGUAAGAGAAAAGCAGCAGGAGACCCUGAGCACCAAGAGCAGUGGAUACUUGAAGAAUGUCUUGAAACCUCGCCAGGAAACAAAACUAAGAAAACAGGAAGAAAGCUUCUAUCAAAUGAUGGGCGAAACCUGGAAGUCGCUUGAGGGCUACAAGCUUGGGGGCUAUGAGGAACCAAGUCUUGCCAGUGAACAUGGAGCACCCGGUGAUACCCCAAACAGAGAAGCCUCCAGGAGACGGAAGCUGCCUGAGCAUGUGAACCGUGCCCCAGCACCACCCGAGCAGCCCAGAGCAAAGAAGGGCCUCGUUAUACCCGAAGAGCCUCCUGAGACAGCGGAAGAAGUGGUUGCAAUUGCUCUCCGCUGUCCGGAUGGACGAGUAUUCCGACGGAGGUUCUGCAAGACGUGGAGUUCACAGGUGUUGCUGGACUGGAUGAUGAAGGUGGGCUAUCACAAGUCCAUCUACACCCUCUCCACUUCCUACCCCCGAAGACCUCUGGAAGUGGGAAAAGACCAAACCCUAGAAGACGCUGGCCUGACGACGGACACGGUGCUGAAUGUGGAGGAGAGAGAGCCCUGCCCCUCCCUGUGAAGUGGGGCCUGGAGCCACCCCGGCACUGGCUGCGAGCCCCAAGAGGGGCUUCCUGCGGGGACCAAGCUGAGCAGGAAACGGGCCCUUUGCAGGCAAACACCCCCACCUCGGGCGAUGUCCUCUGGUAAUAAACAGAUAUGCUGGCAAAGUGGGACCUCUGGGAUGAAUCCUUCCCAGUGACCGGUGGUCAUCCAGGAGACAAAGCCCUCACAGAGCCCAUCUCCCAGGCCUGGGCCCCUACCCUCCCCCAAGGGCCCGCUCCUCGGGUGGCCAGUGGCCCAAAUCUGGCACCUGCAGGGACCUACCUCCUCCACGGGCAACGAGCUACAGAUGCAACUCAUGCCCCCCCCCUCCCCGGGGCUCACACUAAAUGGUGGGUGGGGAGACUAGUACAUGCGAGAUGGCUUCUGGACUGUGCAGACAGUGCGGGACACAUCUGGGCUGCCGGCUGCAUCUCCCUUCUUGGGGUUCCCCCCAGGGCCCUUUGGGGGAUGUUGCUUGUCGGUGCUCGUGGCACUGCCAAGCAGCCAUAGUUGUGUGGUCACCAGCUCUCUGUCAGGGCACCAGUGACAGCCUUGGUGAGAGAGGCCGCGUCCUUCCCUCCCUAAGAAAGCUCAUUAAGGCGCCCCUAUAAACCCAGGGAACAUGGCUGUCCAAGGCAGGCUCUAACUGUAGGAGAUAUCCACAGUAAUCUGCCCCUCCCACUUCAAGCCCCAGGGCCUAUUUCAGUCCCCAGUUGGAGGCCACCUGUGGAAGAUCUAAGACACUGUCCAAGGAGGGGAGUGCUGAUAGGCUGGAGGAUCUCCUGAAGACCCCUCUGAGAUGUGGAAGGGCUCUGGCUGUCAGAUGGAGACAGGGGGAGCUGGGGAUGGCCAGUGAGGGAGCACGGCCAGUGAGGGAGCACGGCCAGUGAGGGAGGCCCGGUGUGGGGUGGGGCAGGACGCACCAGCCACGUUGGGACUUCUGAGGGCCUUUCCUGAGGAGGGGGCCAGCGCAGGGAGCUUUCUGAGGCAAAUUCAGGCAGUGUGUGUGAGAGAGCUUCCCAAAGGGCAGCCAGAGGCCCACAGAGGGGGUGAGCUCCCAUGGCUGGAGGUCUCCGGCAGAGGUCGGACAACUACAUCAGGAUGCUGGCAGAGGGGAUAGCGAAGAUUUCAGCGGUGAUAGAGAAAUAUGGGGCUGGACUCCAACAUUUGUUUCAACUGCUCAUCCUUGGGGGGGCUCCUACUUUUCCAAUUUGGUAUUUUAAGUAUUUUACAAUGCAUUCUUAUUGAUACUUUC